UAAUUAUUUUGCUGCGUCCUUGGAUUGGUAACAAUAAAUUACCGUUAGUUCCGCGUCAGUUCAUGGUUGGCAACAGUGCAAAAAACCGUUGGCCGCAAAAAGUGACGUCUUUAAAUGUAAUUUAUCAUCAGCAGUUUAUUUAUUCGCGAAAAUCCAAAACUAUCGAACCAAGUUGUUGAAGUCAUGUCCCAAAGAAAACUUAGUGCGGGUGUCGUCAAUCACAAUAAGGAAAAUGUGCCCCACAACCCUCAAAGUACAACAAAUAAAUGCCAAAUCAAGAAAGUGCAUCAGAUUCAAAAGACUGGCUUAGCGGAGACCACCACACACCUCAAUUUGGCCAAAAACGCUCAUGUGACGCCUCCACCGACAGAGUAUCCAGAAACAACCAUUCCAGCACAACCCAUAAAAACAGCAACUACGAACAACGACGGAAACAACUCACGCCGUUGGACUCUAGCCGACUUCGAUAUCGGCAAACCUUUAGGUAAAGGAAAAUUCGGAAACGUGUAUCUAGCACGCGAAAAGCAAUCAAAGUUCGUUGUGGCGCUGAAAGUCUUGUUCAAAAGUGCAAUUAAAGAGUACAACAUCGAGCACCAAGUCCGCAGGGAAAUCGAAAUCCAGUCACAUCUCAGGCACAAUAAUAUUUUGAGGAUGUAUGGUUACUUCCACGACGAACAACGAGUGUAUAUAAUUCUUGAAUAUGCGCCAAAUGGUACUUGUUAUAAGGCGCUCCAAGCGAGUCCAGAUAAGCGCUUCUCUGAAGAAAUCAGUGCGCGUUAUAUUCGACAAAUAGCGGAUGCUUUAAGUUACUGCCAUACUAAAAAAGUGAUUCAUAGAGACAUUAAGCCUGAAAAUUUGUUACUUUGUGCCAAUGGUCAGAUGAAAAUUGCUGAUUUCGGAUGGUCAGUUCAUGCUCCAUCCUCACGCAGGACUACUCUGUGUGGAACUCUGGAUUAUCUGCCACCAGAAAUGGUCCUUGGGAAACCUCACAAUGAAAAGGUUGACUUAUGGAGCUUAGGAGUUUUAUGUUUUGAAUUUUUGACUGGAAAGCCACCGUUUGAGUCGGCAGCUUAUGAAGAGCUCUAUAGAAAUAUCAGUAAGGCAUACUACAAGUUUCCUCACUAUGUUUCAGAAGGAGCCCAAGAUCUGAUUAAGAGACUUUUAGUGGUAAAUCCCAGUGACAGGUUGGAACUGAAUGAAGUUCUAAAACAUCCAUGGAUUCUUGCUCAUACUUCACAUGAAGCCAGUAAAUAAUUGUGAUUUCUAUUUUAAUUUAUUAAGAGUGGGUUAGACUAAGCAUGUGACAUUGACUACCACAUGCUAUACUAAAUGUUUACGGGAGUCGUCUUUUGGGACUCGUUAUACUGUUAUUCAUGUGGUUUUACGUAUUUACUCAAUAAAUGUUUUAAUUAAACUUUU